AUGGACUUCUCCGAUUCAUUCGUACACUGGAGACGAUCAAGUGAUCAUCUUCUUUAGCGUUAUUCUGUGCUUUGUGAUUUCAACUAUCAGUGAGACCGUGAACUUGAAAGUAAUCAUGCUAAAAUUUGUGUUAAUAUCUGCCCUAGUGGCUGGAGCUUCAGCAGGUUAUGCCAGCAGUCAGUAUGCGGGAGCCGGUUACAACGGGGGUUUUGCGUCGCAGUACGCCGGUCCCAAUGGCGUAGGAGCCUCUAUUGGAUCUGGAGCCUUCGUUCCCGGAUUUGCCCCCUUCCAGCCGGUGCCAGCGUUCCCCAGCGCGUUUGACUUCAACAGUUUCUACCAGGGACUGCAAUCCAACUUUGCCAAUGUUGCAGCAUCUCAGGCUUACGCAACGGGAGGAGCUACGGCUGUUGCGUCGGCUUCGCAGUUUAGCUAUCCGGUGUAUCAUCAGGCGCCACUUUACGGCCACCAGUACCAACAACAGGUGCCUCAACAGCAACGCGGCCCGCAGUAUUCGCCGGCAUCUAAUUCAUACUAUAACACCAACUAUGGCAAUGGUUUCAAUAACUACGACAACGCCUAUAAUCUGUAUUCGCAACAGCUAGCCCAUCAGAAUGCACUGUUCAACCAGAUUCGUCAGCAACAGGCCUUUGCCGCUAAUGCCGGUGCAGGAGCCGCUUCAGGAGUCGGAGGUGGAUUUAGUUCUGGUGGUACCUACGGUGGUCCCGGAUACGCAGGAGCUUCGGCUUCCUAUGGACCAGGAGGAACUCACCAGACGGCCCACAUCUAUCCGCAAAACCCUCAAUCUCCGAACGUUGAUGUCAGCAAUAGAUUCGGAGGUACUUCACAACAGGGAGGAGGACCAGGAUUCGUCGGUGUAUCGAGCUUCUCGUCAUCUUCCAACAUCAACGGGCAGUCACAUCGUGAAGCGUCAACGACGGUGAAUGACAACGGAAAGGUCACUACUUAUCACGUGCGCAAUUAAUGUUCGCCAUUCUGGCAGAAUAAACGAGACCAGGAAUUGGGAUGACUAACAAUGGAAGAGUAUUAAGAAUGCUGCAUUUUCUUCAAUAAAAGACAAAAACGUCCAACGUACUUACAUUUUAAGAAUAUACUUGCCCAACGAGCAAUAUGUUUCGAACGAGACUUUUUGACAAUAAACAAAAUUACAACAAAA